UUGAACUCUGUGCCAUUCAAGGCCGUCACCCCAUUCUCCCAGAGCAAACAAAUAAAAAAAUGUCGCUAUUCUGGAAACCCGGAGCAGAGAAGCCACAGUUACUCGACGACGAAGAAGGCGGCGUCCUUUUCUUCUCUUCCUCUCUCUCAUCCUCCUCCUCUUAUGGAUAUGCGAGCUUGGAGAAGCAACGGCAGAGACUUCCGGUUUAUAAGUACCGGAAUUCAAUUCUUUAUCUCGUCGAGACGCAUUCCACUUCGAUUAUUGUUGGCGAGACUGGCAGUGGUAAAACUACGCAGAUUCCUCGGUAUCUAAAAGAAGCUGGAUGGGCGGAGGGAGGUAGAGUUAUUGCUUGUACUCAACCAAGAAGACUUGCUGUCCAGGCAGUUGCUUCAAGGGUCGCUGAAGAGAUGGGAGUCAAGCUUGGAGACGAAGUUGGUUACACGAUUCGAUUUGAAGAUCUAACUAAUUCAGAACUUACUAGGGUCAAAUUUCUCACUGAUGGAGUAUUACUCCGUGAAAUGAUGACUGAUCCACUAUUGAGCAAAUAUAGUGUUAUAAUGGUAGACGAAGCUCAUGAAAGGUCCAUUUCAACAGACAUUUUACUAGGUCUUCUUAAAAAGAUCCAGCGGCGGCGUCCUGAGCUUCGUCUAAUUAUUGCUUCAGCUACAAUUGAAGCAAAAUCUAUGGCUGCUUUUUUCGACACAAGCAAAAAACGCCGAGGUAGCGAAGAUAAGCAGCAUGGACUGAAGACAGAGCCGGCGAUUCUUUCUGUUGAGGGUAGAGGAUACAAUGUACAAGUUUUUUAUGCUGAAGAACCUGUUCCAGAUUAUCUUCGGGCUGCUGUUUCUACCGUAAUGUCUAUUCAUAAUCAGGAGCCACCAGGAGAUAUUUUAGUAUUCCUUACUGGCCAGGAUGAUAUUGAUGCAGCUGUAGAACUGCUGACAGAAGAAGCUCAAAAUAAUGGAAAGUCCUCCCCUGGAUUGACUAUCUUGCCUUUGUAUUCUGGACUUUCACGAGCAGACCAGGACCUUGUGUUUUCUCCCACGCCUAGAGGUAAAAGGAAGGUGGUGCUAUCAACAAAUAUUGCCGAAACAUCAUUAACUUUGGAGGGUGUUGUAUAUGUUGUUGAUAGUGGGUUCUCAAAACAGCGCUUCUACAACCCGAUUACAGAUGUUGAAAAUUUGAUAGUAGCACCAAUAUCUAAAGCAUCAGCUAGGCAAAGAGCUGGAAGGGCUGGACGAGUACGUCCUGGAAAAUGUUAUAGGCUAUACACAGAAGAGUAUUACCUCAAGGAAAUGUCAACAGAGGGGAUUCCAGAGAUCCAGAGAACAAGUCUUGUGUCCUCUGUCAUUCAGUUAAAAGCGCUGGGCAUAGAUAAUAUCCUAGGCUUUGAUUGGCCUGCAUCGCCGUCGCCUGAAGCAAUGAUCAGAGCACUUGAAGUGCUAUAUUCUCUUGGAGUUGUUGAUGAUGACGCCAAACUUACUUCACCAGCUGGGUUCCAAAUCGCGGAGAUUCCUUUAGACCCAAUGAUCUCGAAAAUGAUUUUAGCUUCAAAUGAGCUUGGAUGUUCUGAAGAGAUCUUAACAAUCGCUGCUGUUCUUUCCAUACAGUCUAUCUGGGUAUCUUCUAGGGGAUCACAGAAAGAGCUAGAUGAAGCAAAGAUGAGAUUUGCUGCUGCCGAGGGUGAUCAUGUGACCUUCCUGAAUGUCUACAAAGGAUUUCUUAAGUGUAAUAAAUCUCCAACGUGGUGUCACAAGAACUUUGUGAACUAUCAAGCCAUGAAAAAGGUGAUUGAAAUCCGAGAACAACUCAGAAGAACAGCACAGAGAAUUGGCAUAAUCUUGAAAUCCUGUGAUGGUGAUACACAGGUAGUGAGAAAGGCAGUAACUGCUGGAUAUUUUGCCAAUGCUUGUCGUUUAGAAGCCUUCAGCCAUUCUGGAAUGUAUAAGACACUUAGAGGUUCUCAAGAAGUUUAUAUUCACCCAUCAUCUAUCUUAUUUAGAGUUAAUCCUAAAUGGAUAUUAUUUCAUUCACUAGUCUCAACUGAUCGCCAGUAUAUGCGCAAUGUAAUUACCAUCGAUCCUGCUUGGCUGAUAGAGGCUGCUCCACACUUCUACCGACACCGACAACCAGAUUCCUUUCAUCAAUAAGAUGUCCUCAAAAGAUAAAGUCAUGCCACUUAUUGGACAAGAACCCAGCACAAUUGUUUUGUUCCUGAAUCGAAAGAAAAAGAAAACUUAUCAAUAUUGUGCAGAUCAUGAAGCCCUGAAGACCUGUACAUUGAAAACAUUUUGCUGAUUGUUUAUGGGGAAGCCCGUCCACAUAUUGAGAUUGAAAACAAGCUGAGAUGAAUGAGAUAUUACAGCUGCAGCUAGUUGGAAAGAUGUGUACAUCUCAGCCAAUGUAUGGAAAUUGAAACUAUUAACAUCUAUACCAAAUCCUACCAAGUGGAUUGUAAUGUAAAGUAUUAAUUAUUUAGAUUGUCACCACAUUUUUCCCUUCCUUAGUAAUAGUUUUCUACUUUAAGAUC